AUGGUCGGUGUGCCUCGCAGCAAUGGCUGCUUGCGCUGCGUCAAGCGUCGGGUGAAGUGUGACCAAAGACUUCCUGGAUGUGCCAAAUGCGAAACAUACGGCCAACCGUGUCCUGGAUACGAUAGAGGUCUUAAAUUCAUUACUGGAAAGCCCUAUCGGGAUCGACGCCGUCCAGCAAGCGACAAGAAGGAUGGAACCCCCAAGAGUGCAACCUCCAAUCCAGAUAUUGAACUUGAGUCUGCCUGUCAGACUCUGAUCCAGAGAGAGGAACCAUCUUCUCUAAUAUCGCCAGAUGUGAAUAUUAUGCAACAUCUGUGUGUUCUUAUUGAUGAUUUCUCUCAACCUAUCAACCCCAGUCCUCCGCAUGUUGUGACCCGCUGGUUCGGGUUUCUUCCAUCCAUUUAUGGCCAAAAUCGGGUAUUGGAUGCUACCAUCAGAUGCUUCACAGCACACCAUUUUGGACGCCUUGCUGAGAAUCUACAAAUGGUGUCAUAUGCCCGAUUAGCUUAUGGGGAAGCUUUGCGUGGACUACGAAAGUCUUUGGAAACCCCGGCUGAAAGCUUAUCGACCCAUGUCUUUUGUGCAGUCGUAUUGCUGUGCAUGUAUGAGUUGUUCACCGACACUGAUGACCCCGAGUCAUGGAUGAAGCAUGCCAAAGGCCUCAGUCAGUUGGUCCAAAUCAGAGGACCAGACAGGUAUUCCAAUGCGCUUGAUAUUUCACUACUGAAAGCCUCUCGAGGCUUAAUUGUAAUGCACUCGAUGUUCUCAGGCGAAGAGUGCUUUUUGGUGUCAGAUGAAUGGCACGAGAAGAUGCGACAACAAUUCACAACAGACUUGCCACCCGACCUACACCACUGCAUCGAAGUUUUCUUUGCAUAUUUCACACAUGCACCGAGUCUUGUGCAUAAGCUCUAUGGCCUGAGACACAUGGAUGUAGCCAGUGCGGCAGCCUUGCAAACAAUAACCGAAGUUCUCUCGGAGGCUCUCGAGAUGCAGGCGAACCUGGCCAUCUGGUACGAAGAAUUUUCUCAAAUCGCACCGCCUCCAUUUGAGACCCUCUCUCCAACAGGAGAUGAGCUAUACCCAGUCAUCCUCACAUACACAGAUGUGAACCAGGCGACUAUUUACUGCGGUUACUACUCUUUUAUGGUGAUCAUACAUGAGAUAUUGAAAACGUGUUGCCAACCGGGUCAGCAUGCAGCCAUGGUAACCUAUUUCCGAGACCGAAUUUGCAAAUCAGUCGAGUACACCAGCGUUGGAAUAAUGGGUCCCUAUCGAAUGGGGUUUCCUCUCCGUGUGGCAUUUGAAAUUGCCGACCCGGUGACAAGAUCAUGGAUCUUGAACCGCCUGGGGCAGUUUUCAAAGAUUUACGCAGCGGCCCAGCCAGAGAAUUACAAACCAGUCCUUUAA